AUGAGGCUCUGUGUCUGCUUCAUUCUGCUCUCCAUCGUUCUCUGUGCAAGUGCUGACUCGCCACUAGCACGAGGUGGACGGUUUGUCUUGGAUGCAUUGGGAGGGGCAAAGGAUAUGUUCAGAGCAUACAAGGACAUGCGCGAGGCAAAUUUCAAAGGUGCUGACAAGUAUUUCCAUGCUCGUGGGAAUUACGAUGCUGCCAAAAGAGGACCUGGUGGUGCCUGGGCAGCAAGAGUGCUCAGUGAUGCCCGGGAAACGUGGCAGAGUGGUGUGAGCGGCAGAGGUGCAGAAGACACCCGAGCUGACCAGGAGGCGAAUCGGUGGGGUAGAAACGGCGGUGAUCCCAACCCUUCCCAGCAAAUACUAAUGCCACCCCAGCAGAGCCCGUCUCUGCUUCCCC